AGGGCCCUUCUGUUUCACGUUCUUAUUUUCCCACUCCCCUUACCCAACCGUCUCUUUCUCCCCUGCUGUGUUUCUUCUUUGAUUUGCCUUCUUCUUCCCUCCCUCCCUUCUUAUACCUCCUUUUAAACCUCUGGAACUGCUCGUCAUAUUCCUAAACCCUCAAACUCAUGGCCGGAUAUGGAGUUAGAGUUGUGAAUGAAGAACAUCACUUGGAAUUGCCUCCCGGCUUUCGCUUUCACCCCACCGAUGAAGAGCUUAUUUCCCAUUACCUCUUCGACAAGGUUAUGAACAGCGCUUUCUCUUGCAGAGCCAUUGGAGAUGUCGAUCUCAACAAAUCCGAGCCUUGGGAUUUGCCUUGGAAGGCCAAAAUGGGAGAAAAGGAAUGGUAUUUUUUCUGUGUCAGAGAUAGAAAAUACCCAACAGGCCUGCGGACGAACAGAGCUACUGAAUCUGGCUACUGGAAAGCCACAGGGAAAGAUAAAGAUAUUUACAGAGGAAAAUCCCUUGUGGGUAUGAAGAAAACUCUGGUUUUUUACAGAGGAAGAGCUCCAAAAGGUGAAAAAUCUGAUUGGGUUAUGCAUGAAUAUCGAUUAGAGGGUAAACUCUCUGCUUUAAACCUCCCCAAAACUGCCAAGAAUGAAUGGGUGAUUUGCAGAGUGUUUCAAAAGAAUGUAAACGGGAAGAAGGUGGGUAUCUCUGGGAUAUCAAAAUUUGGCCAUUCGAUCCUUCCUCCGUUAACAGAUUCAUCACCGUUUAAAGGAGAAAUCAAACGUGAUGUUCAAACGGUCGGUAACGUGCCCUGCUUCUCCACCGCCAUGGAUUCUCAAAGAAAGCUCGAACCAAUGGCUUCUUUGUCUUCUUCUUCUUCGUUCCCUGUAAUCCCCAACCCACAAACGAAUUCAGUGUAUUCAGCCCCAAAUCUGGAGUUCCCUGACUGCGUUCUUUUGCAAGAGCAACAAUCCCUUCUCAGAACUUUACUCCAGACAGUCAAUGGCGGAAACCCAAGAGAACCAUUCAAAACAGAGAGGGACAAAAUCAGCUGCAUCUCGCAAGAAACAUGCCUGACGACCGACAUAAACAACGAAAUCUCAUCGGUUUUUCCGAAUCUCGAAAUGGGUCGAAGGCUGUUUGACAAUUCUCAAGAAGCUCCCCCGUGUUCUAUGGCGCCGUUUGACCUUGACGGCUUCUGGAACUUCUGCAAUUAACAGAGGAAAGAAGGAGAGGUUGAACAUGAAAUAACGAAUGGGAAAUUUGGGACUUUUAUUAUUAUUAUUAUCAUUGUGGUUAUUCAGUCGGUGGAUAACUAAUCUCUUUUUCUUUAAUAAUAUCUUCUGUCCUAUGGGAUUUAGCGUUUA